GCAUACACAUAUAUAUGCUUGGUUUAGGGUUCCAACCUCUCAUCUUAACCUAUUUCUCUCCACACAUACUGAUCAAAGACACACAAAAAACCAGAUAAAACCAGCCAAACCAUGAGAACCAAAACCUAUCCAACUUUCAAUGUUAAGCUUCUCCUCCUUGGAAUUUUCCUUGCUUUGGUUGUCAUCUUUGUCUUCAGGACAAGUUCUGAUUCAUCACCAGCUUCCUCCAAUGAAAAAUCCCCCAUUUCGGGGAAACAAGCCAAAGAUGAUCACGAAAAAUCAACAAAUUGUGACUCCACAGGGACUUGCAACAAGAUUCCAACCUCCCUAGCCAAAGCCCUAAUCCACUACACAACCUCCACCAUCACCCCACAACAAACCCUAAAAGAAAUCUCAGUCACAUCCAAGGUCUUGGACAAGAAAUCGCCCUGCAACUUCCUCGUCUUCGGCCUAGGCCACGACAGCCUCAUGUGGACUUCCCUCAACCACGGCGGACGCACCAUUUUCCUCGAAGAAGACGAGUCAUGGAUAGAGCAAAUCCGGCGCCGCUUCCCCACUUUGGAAUCGUACCAUGUCACAUACGAUAGCAAAGUGAACGAGGCUAACAGUCUCAUGGAUGUUGGGAAGGGGCCUGAGUGCACUGCAGUUGGUGAUCCUAGGUAUAGCGUAUGCCAGCUGGCACUCAAGGGGUUGCCCAGUGAAGUGUAUGAGAUAAAAUGGGAUUUGAUCAUGGUGGAUGCACCCACAGGGUAUCAUGAUGAAGCACCAGGGAGGAUGAGUGCCAUUUAUACGGCUGGGAUGAUGGCCAGGAACAAAGAGGGGGGAGAGACUGAUGUGUUUGUGCAUGAUGUGAAUAGGGAUGUGGAAGAUAAGUUCUCCAAGGCUUUUCUUUGUGAAGGGUACAUGAAAAAACAAGAAGGGAGGUUGAGGCACUUCAAUAUUCCUAGUCACAAGGAUAGUUCCAACAGGCCCUUUUGCCCCGAGUAAAUAAUUCAUGUGUUUUUUUUUUUUUUUUUUGCAAAUUAAUUCAUGUUUCAUAUGAUCAUAUCGAUUUUGAUUGUCUCAAUUUGAUUCCAUCCAUUUAAGCGUUUCUUUCUGUUUUUUUUUUUACUUAUGGCCAUCCUUAUGUAAUUUAGUGUACGUCUAGAACUUCAAAGAUCGUCGGGCCCUAGAAUGAAUAUAAACUAUGAAAACCUUUGCUUUU